AUGCUAAUAGUUACUUUUGGAUGUUCUUGUCGCCAGCUGCAGAAGCCCAUGUUCUUCUUUCUUACGAACCUGUCAGUAGCGGACAUUUUCUUUAGUUCAGUUACAAUGCCAUGGAUCAUCACCUCAAUAUUACAAAAAAACAGGACUAUAUCCCUAAUAGCUUGUUCCCUGCAAAUGUACGGCUUCCUGGCUUUCACAAGCUCAGAGUUUUUACUGCUCUCAGCCAUGGCAUAUGACCGUUAUGUAGCCAUUUGUGUCCCACUACAUUACUACCUCACCAUGAACAAAAGAUUCUGUGCUGGUUUUGCUGCCGGUUGUUGGUUGCUGGGCUUUGCAGAUACAUUUCCACACGCCUGGUUUACUUUCAGGGCAUGUUACUGCGGAUCUAAUAGACUUAAUCAUUUCUUUUGUGACCUUACGGCUCUACUAAAAAUGUCAUGCUCUGCAACACACAAUAUAGAAACAAUUACAUAUGUGGAAGGAGUAUUUUUAGGCUUUGGUCCUUUUGUACUCACCUUGACCUCUUAUGUUUUUAUUAUUAAUACCAUCUUAAAAAUUAAAUCUUCAGAAGGCAGAUCAAAGGCCUUCUCUACCUGCUCUUCUCAUCUCAUGAUUGUGAUAAUAUUUUAUGGUACGACAUUAAGCAUGUACAUGCGACCUACGUCUACGUUUUCAUUGGAGGUCAACAAGAUGAUCACUCUCAUUUAUGUAAUGAUUGUUCCUUUGACUAAUCCUGUUAUCUAUAGUCUUAGGAAUAGGGAACUCAAUGAAGUUCUUAAAUGGUAUUUCAACAGAUUUAUAUCCAGGGAUAUAUGA